UUAUUUAAUAUACUAGCCACCAACCGACAGAUCAAAUGAUACCAAUAAAUGUUCUAUAAAUAUACAUGUACAAGCUCAUAAAAUAAAUAACAACAAUCCAUAUCUAAAAACCACACCCAAUAAUAAACAAUAUAAAGAUCUAGACUCCCCCGCAAAACCACCAAUCACGUGACUUAUCUAUCUAUCUCCAACUUUUGCCAUCAACUCCGAAGAACCAUCACCAACCAAUUCAUCCAUCAUCCAUCCAUCAACCCACUUUCCUCCCCUCAAUCGAGAAAGAAAAUGCCACCCCUCUCCCUCGGCCUCAACCUCGCAUCCAAAAAACAACCCGUGAAACCGAACAACGCGCUCGGCGCCCAAAAACGCAAAAAGAACCUCUUCGACUCGGACUCGGAGGACGAAACCCAAUCAGGGAAGGGCGAUAAUGGCGGCGCUGUGGAGAUUUCGACAGUGGGUGGGGUAGAAGAAGAGAAGAAGAAGCCUACGGCGCCGAAAGCAAAGGGAAAUGCGAAUGCGGAGCAGCCACCGUUUAAGAAAAAGGUUACGUUGGGGGGAGGGAAUAAACCGGCCGUCAAACCGCUGAGCAAGAGUUCGAUAUUCGCCGACGAGGACGAAGAUGAAGGUCCGAGUGAAGCGAUGCCGUUAGGAUUGAACACGGCGAAAAAGCCAACCAACAACAACGACAAGGACAAGAAAGACAACGCAAAAGAAUACACCAAUCUAUCCGCAAUGCACAGCAGCAAAAAGCACGCCCAAGAAGCCCAAGAACUCGACCCGUCUAUAUACUCCUACGACGCCGUGUACGACAGUCUGCACGCGAAACCGGCAAAAACCGCCGAAGCCGCGGCCGCGGAGGCGCAAAAGGCCGAAGUGCCCAAGUACAUGACGGCGCUGUUGCGGAGUGCGGAGGUGCGCAAGCGGGACCAGCUGCGCGCGCGGGACAGGCUACUUGCUAAGGAGCGCGAAGCGGAGGGUGAUGAGUUUGCGGAUAAGGAGAAGUUUGUGACGGCGGCGUAUAAAGCGCAGCAGGAGGAGUUGCGGCGGAUUGAGCAGGAGGAAGAGGAGAGGGAGAAGAUGGAGGAGGAGAGGAAGAGGAAGAAUGGGGGAUCGGGGAUGGUUGGGUUUUAUCGGGAUAUGUUGUCUCGGGGUGAAGAGAGGCAUGGGGAGGUGGUGAAGGCUGCUGAGGAGGCGGCACGACGGGUGAAGGAUGGUGAGGCCGUGCCGUCUGAAGAGACAGCCGAGGAGAAGAAGGAGAAGACGGAGGCGCAGAUGGCGGCGGAUCUGAACGCUUCAGGGGCAAAUGUUGCUGUCAAUGACGAAGGGCAGGUGGUCGACAAGCGCCAGCUUUUGUCGGCUGGGUUGAACGUUGCGCCCAAGCCCAAGUCGUCUGCGGCGGGCACGGGGGCUGGUGUUUCUCGACCGGCGAUGGUCAACCCGCGCGCCGAUGCUGGAUUCCAGUCUGGUCGGGCUGGACAGCGGGCACGCCAGACGGAGAUGAUUGCGUCGCAGCUGGAAGAACGCGCACGACAAGAAGCCGAGGCCGAAGCCGCACGGCAGAAGGAGAUUGCAGAGCGCAAUCGCAGUCGCAAGACCGAGGGGGAUGUAUCCAGUGCUCGGGAGAGAUAUCUGGCAAGAAAGAAGGAGCGCGAAGCUGCUGGCAAGUAGUUUUUUAUCUUAUGGCAUGCAUUUUAUCCUUCUGGUCAUUUUCUUUUUCUAUACGAUAGUUGCAUAUAUCGGCGUUGGGUGCUAUAUACACAUGUAUGAUAAUGAACGGGGAAGAAAGAAUAAUAAUACUGAACAGACUUGGCAGUAUAACCAUAUGGUCCAUAGUCGUAUCGACUAAGAUGCAAUUUAUACCAUAUUG